AACUGAUGAAAGACAUCUAGAUAAAGCUAUGCUAGAAGAUUUAUCAGGGUGAAUUUAGCACUAGUGAAAGGGGCUGGCUUGGCAAUCCAGGAGGCUGAAGCCAUCUUUUCUUUAUCUACAGAAGGGACAACUGCAUAUGUGGUGGUAGUAAGGGCUUUUUGCAUAUUACCAGAGUGAUUCAAAUAGAGCAGGUGGAGUCCUGCAAAAACAGUAUUCUCCAACAGCCCUUCAAAUUCCUAGCGGCUCUCUGGGUCCAGCAUGCUGAUGUUCCUUUUAAUUUGCUACUCACAUUCAUUAAUGUGAACAGGUUUUUCUUUGCAUGGAAGUUUUGGGAAUGGCUGGAGUUGGAGUGUGUGGGGUUUUCUUUUUUUUUUGCAUGGAUAGCUCUUUUCACAGGGAAAAAAGGGGUAUUUGCUGUUUGCAAUUUAUUACAUGCUAUUUACCAUCAAUUAUUCAUCUUUUUAUAAAGUCCCCCAAUGAGGGAGCAGAAUCAAUCUUAUGUGACUUUAGCUGACCAAUCAGACAAUAUGAAUAAUGAAUAACAAAUAGUCAAAACAAGCAAUUUGUUAACAAACUUUAGUCUGUAAACUGUCUGAACUUGGCAAAAACUUACCAGUAAAUACCAGAAAUCAGAAUUAAUAUGUGAAUGAUUCCCAGAAAAAGGGUCUGAUUCUCCACCGUAUUUGAACUUGUGUAGCCAUUUACAUAGGUACAAAGCAGGUGCAAAAUGCUAACAAAUCAGAAUUAUCCACUUGCUUACACAGUGGUAGCAUUUAGGGCAGUUCUCCACUCACUUUGCACUGUUGUAGCUUGCUACCAAAGGCAGAAAGAAGUGGAAAAUCAGGCCCGAAAGAGUUAACUCCAUGAAUGAUUCAACUACCUCUUGCCCUUAGCUAACUGCAGUAUCCUAAAACCAGCUGAGAGUCUUGCCUAUUUUCUCUAAAGUGGGUGAAAACUAGAAACUUUGAAAGGAAAGAGUAACUACUACCUGCUCUAUGGUAGCAGAGAUGAAGUACAACUCCCACCUGCUCUGGAAAAUGCUGUUUUUCAUCAGUGCAGUAUGGCUUGUUACAGAUGUUAUUGAAGCUGGAACUGCCAAUUGUAAAAAUGCUGAUUUAAGUGAUUUGAAUCAUCAGGUGAAGAGGUUUUCUCAGUGCUUCCUUGAAAUGCUUCCUGAUGAUCAGAGAACUGAAAUUAAUUCCCUUGCAUGGUUAUUGCAACAGGUACUUGAUCGCCUAAGAGAGGUUCAAGGGAAAGCUUGCCAGGCCUUCAUGUCAAAAAAUUGCUCUGUCCCAGAGGCUCCCAAAAAUGGUGGUCUUGUGUGUGUCAGCAUUGACAGCGAUCACUACUGCAAGCCAAUGUGUAACCAGGGUUAUGACUUUGGAUUUCUGAGACGAAGCAGGGUAUAUGAGAAAUGUGGACCGUCUACUGGUUAUUCCUGGACACCAGAACUAGUUGGUGGAAACAGGCUGGCUGAUUGUAUCUCCUCACCAAUUGCUGUCAGUGGAGUCAAUUCUGCAUACUUUCCCACUCACAUGUGCUGUCAACAAACAAUAGCCAAUGCCACUGCUGAAAGCGAGCAGAUAGAAAUCUUCUUCAGGGAACUUGCUGAGGCUGAGAAGGACGUCUCUCAGAAACGUGAAAUGGCAAUUAAUUGUAUGUUGUGUGGUAACUAGGUGUAUGGUUCAACAAACAUAGCGCAGGCAGGCGGGUUACUAUAUUUAUAAUUGCAAUAGGAUAUUUUAAAAGCUAAAGGCAGGUUAAUUCAGAUCAAUCUAAUGGGAUAGUUCUCAGAUCAAUGAACAUGUGGCAUUUUUAGGAAGGGUUGAAAAGCACGUCCAUCAUUUGAACUAACUUCAGCCCUUAGAUGCGCACAAAUAUGGAGUUUGCAUAGAAUUCAGAGCUGAAGCUAAGGCAAUAUGGUCUAUAUCCCAACAUGUGUAUCGUGUAAUAAAGAAAGUGUUCGGUUAUGUAGAUUAAA